AUGAAACUCGUUAUCCAAAGAGUCAAAUCGGCAUCCGUCACGGUCGAUUCGGAGUUGAUUUCAUCUAUUGGCAAGGGCCUUCUUGUAUUUGCGGGCAUUGGCAAAGAAGAUACCGAGAAGGAUGCUGAGAACCUGGUGAACAAGGUGCUGAAGGCCAAGUUCUGGCCUGAUGAGAAUGGAGUACAAGUAAGCCAAAUUGCUUCGUGUCCAUGCGACCAGCAAUUGACAUCAUCACAGUGGAAAAAGAAUGUUAAGGAUAUUGAGGGGGAAGUACUAUGUGUCUCCCAAUUCACCCUCUAUGCGAAAAUGAAGAAAGGCAAUAAACCCGACUUUCAUGAUGCAGCCGGUCCGGAACCUGCACGCAGACUCUAUGACUACUUCUAUGACAAGAUGGGGGAAGGCUAUAUUCCGGACCGGGUCAAGAACGGUGUCUUCCAAGCCAUGAUGGAUGUUGAACUGAAGAACGACGGGCCGGUGGGUGUAGACUACUGCAGCGAGGACGCGGCGGUCACGAUCGAAAUCAAUACCAAUCUUCCCAAAAAAGAACCCAAGGAGCAGCAAAACGGAGACAAGAAGUCGGAAGAGCAGGAAAUUAAGGGAUCCUUUGAGUUCCAAAUUCCUCCUGAAUUGCUGCAGUGA